CGCGGGGUCCCCGGCGGGAGAGAGCCGUACCCGGCUGGGCGGGGGGACAUGGCUGACCGGAGCGCGCCCAGCUGCCACCUGCGGCUGGAGUGGGUCUACGGUUACCGGGGGCACCAGUGCCGCAACAACCUCUACUACACGGCGGCGAAGGAGAUCGUCUACUUCGUGGCGGGGGUCGGCGUGGUGUACAGCCCCCGGGAGCACCGGCAGAAAUUCUACAUAGGGCACCAGGACGACAUCAUCAGCCUUGCUUUGCAUCCUGAACGUGUGUUGGUGGCAACAGGUCAAGUCGGAAAAGAGCCAUACAUCUGUGUGUGGGACUCGUACACUGUGCAGACUGUAUCUGUUCUGAAGGAUGUUCACACACAUGGUAUAGCUUGCUUGGCUUUUGAUUUAGAUGGUCAGCGUUUGGUCUCAGUUGGUUUGGACUCAAAAAACACAGUUUGUGUGUGGGACUGGAGGAGAGGAAAAUUGUUAUCAAUGGCUCCUGGUCAUACAGACAGAAUAUUUGAUAUUUCUUGGGAUUUGUACCAGCCAAACAAGCUUGUCAGCUGUGGUGUGAAACACAUCAAGUUCUGGAGUUUGUGUGGUAAUUCAUUAACACCAAAACGUGGUGUCUUUGGCAAAACUGGUGAUCUCCAAACUAUAUUGUGCCUAGCCUGUGCAAGGGAUGAAGUGACAUAUUCUGGUGCACUUAAUGGAGAUAUAUAUGUAUGGAAAGGAAUCAACCUUGUACGGACAAUACAGGGAGCACAUGCUGCAGGAAUUUUCAGCAUGAAUGCAUGCGAAGAGGGGUUUGCCACUGGCGGCCGGGAUGGCUGUGUUCGCCUGUGGGACUUAAAUUUUAAACCAAUUACUGUGAUUGAUCUCAGGGAAACAGACCAGGGAUAUAAAGGUCUGUCUGUAAGAAGUGUUUGCUGGAGAGGAGACCAUAUCCUCGUCGGGACACAAGAUAGUGAAAUUUUUGAAAUUGUGGUGCAUGAGCGUAAUAAGCCUUUCCUGAUAAUGCAGGGGCACUGUGAAGGAGAGCUGUGGGCUUUGGCUGUCCAUCCUACAAAGCCACUAGCAAUGACUGGGAGUGAUGAUCGAUCAGUCAGAAUUUGGAGUUUAAUAGAUCAUGCUCUGAUUGCCCGGUGCAAUAUGGAGGAACCCAUUCGCUGUGCUGCCGUUAGUACUGACGGAAUCCACCUGGCUCUUGGGAUGAAGGAUGGCUCUUUCACUGUGCUUCGAGUCAGAGAUAUGACUGAGGUUGUUCAUAUCAAAGACAGGAAAGAAGCUAUUCAUGAACUGAAAUAUUCACCAGAUGGGAAUUUCCUAGCUGUUGGUUCCAAUGACAGCUCUGUGGAUAUAUAUGGUGUUGUUCAGCGAUACAAGAAAAUUGGGGAAUGUAUUGGAUCUUUAAGUUUCAUCACCCAUAUGGAUUGGUCUUCGGACAGUAAAUACUUACAGACCAAUGAUGGCAAUGGGAAGAGACUUUUUUAUAGGAUGCCAAGUGGAAAAGAAGUAACAAACAAGGAGGAAUUAAAAGGCAUUCAGUGGGCAACGUGGACCUGUGUUUCUGGUGUUGAAGUUAAUGGAAUCUGGCCGAAAUAUUCAGAUAUAAAUGAUAUAAAUUCUGUGGAUGCAAAUUUUAUUGGGCAAGUUAUGGUUACAGCUGACGAUUAUGGAAUAGUAAAGCUCUUUCGAUAUCCAUGCCUAAGAAAAGGAGCAAAGUUUAAAAAAUAUCUUGGUCAUUCUGCUCACGUGACCAAUGUCAGAUGGUCACAUGAUCACCAGUGGGUUGUUUCCAUUGGGGGAGCUGAUCAUUCUGUCUUUCAGUGGAAAUUCAUCCCUGACCGAAAGCUGAAGGAUUCUCUUCAUAUAGCACCUCAAGAGAGUCUGGUUGAUUCUAAUAGUGAUGAAUCAGACUCAGAUCAGUCUGAUGUUCCAGAGCUGGACUCUGAAAUUGAGCAAGAGACACAAAUCACCUAUCGCCGACAGGUUUACAAAGAAGAUCUACCUCAACUUAAAGAACAAUGCAAAGAAAAAAGAAAAAGUGCAGCUUCCAAGAGACGAGAGCGAGCUCCAGGGAACAGCAUAAGAUUACAUUUUGUUCAUGGUUACAGAGGUUACGACUGUCGAAGCAACUUAUUUUACACUCAGACUGGUGAAAUUGUAUACCAUGUUGCAGCAGUGGGAGUGGUGUACAAUCGACAGCAGAACACACAGCGCUUUUAUCUAGGUCAUGAUGAUGACAUUCUUUGCCUUGCUAUUCAUCCCUUAAAGGACUAUGUGGCAACAGGCCAGGUUGGUCGAGAUUCCUCAAUACACAUUUGGGAUACAGAAACAGUAAAACCAAUCUCAGUAUUAAAGGGCUAUCACCAGUAUGGUGUCUGUGCUGUUGAUUUUUCAGCGGAUGGGAAACGAUUGGCUUCUGUUGGAAUAGAUGACAAUCACACUAUUGUGCUCUGGGAUUGGAAGAAAGGAGAAAAACUUUCAGCAGUCAGGGGAAGCAAAGAUAAGAUUUUUGUUGUUAAGAUUAAUCCUUAUAUGCCUGAUAAAUUGAUUACAGUUGGAAUCAAGCACAUGAAAUUCUGGCGCAGAGCAGGUGGAGGACUAAUUGGUAGAAAGGGCAGCAUAGGUGCAUUGGGAAGAACUGAUACCAUGAUGUGUGCAGUGUAUGGCUGGACUGAAGAGAUGGCAUUCUCUGGAACUUCCACGGGGGAUGUGUGUAUUUGGAGAGAUGUGUUUCUCAUAAAAACUGUCAAAGCACAUGAUGGUCCUGUGUUCAGCAUGCACGCCUUGGAAAAAGGAUUUGUCACGGGAGGAAAGGAUGGGGUAGUAGCUCUCUGGGAUGAUACAUUUGAACGUUGUCUCAAAACCUAUGCCAUCAAAAGGGCUGCUUUGGCCCCUGGGUCUAAAGGUCUCCUCUUAGAAGAUAAUCCUUCUAUACGUGCCAUAUCUUUAGGACAUGGUCAUAUUUUAGUGGGCACAAAAAAUGGUGAAAUAUUGGAGGUGGAUAAAAGUGGACCAAUAACUCUGCUGGUUCAGGGUCACAUGGAGGGGGAAGUUUGGGGUCUAGCUACUCAUCCUCAUUUACCUAUUUGUGCCACUGUAAGUGAUGACAAAACUUUAAGAAUAUGGGAUUUAUCUCCUAGCCAUUGUAUGUUAGCUGUUCGCAAGUUGAAGAAGGGAGGCAGAUGUUGCUGCUUUUCUCCUGAUGGAAAAGCAUUAGCCGUUGGUCUCAAUGAUGGAAGUUUUUUGAUAGUUAAUGCAGAUACCCUGGAGGAUCUAGUCUCUUUCCAGCACAGAAAAGAUGUUAUUUCAGAGAUCCGAUUUUCUCCUGGGGCUGGAAAGUACUUAGCUGUGGCAUCCUGUGACAACUUUGUAGAUAUUUACAAUGUAAUGAGCAGUAAACGAGUAGGAAUCUGCAAGGGAGCCUCCAGCUAUAUCACUCACAUGGACUGGGAUGUAAGAGGGAAGCUCUUGCAAGUCAACACUGGUGCAAAAGAGCAAUUGUUCUUUGAAGCUCCUCGUGGGAAAAAACAGACAAUUCCUAGUUUGGAGGCAGAAAAGAUUGGCUGGGCAUCAUGGACAAGUGUUUUGGGCUCUUGCUGUGAAGGAAUCUGGCCAAUAAUUGGUGAAGUCACAGAUGUAACUGCUUCAUGCCUCACUAGCGACAGUAAAGUAUUAGCCACAGGAGAUGAUUUUGGAUUUGUGAAACUGUUUCGAUACCCUGCUAAAGGAAAGUUUGGAAAAUUUAAGAGGUAUGUUGCUCACAGUACCCAUGUAACAAAUGUCCGUUGGAUGUAUGACGACAGUUUGUUGGUCACUGUGGGAGGGGCAGACACCUCUUUAAUGCUGUGGACUUACGAGAUGGAAGGACAUCGGGAUAGCAGGCAUUUUGACAGUGAAGAGUCUGAUCUAGAUUCUGAGGAGGAUGGAGGUUAUGACAGUGAUGUGACAAGGGAAAAUGAAAUUAAUUACACCAUCAAAGCCUUAUCAACAAACAUUAGACCAAUGUUUGGAAUUAAGCCUCAUCUGCAGCAAAAGGAGCCAACCUUAGAUGAAAGGCAGGGGGUGGUGAGAGGUUCCAGACCACCCGUUAGUAGGGCAUUGCCACAGCCGGAGAAGCUCCAGACAAACAAUGUUGGGAAAAAAAAGAGACCUAUAGAGGAUCUAAUUUUGGAGCUGGUGUUUGGGUACCGAGGCAAGGACUGCAGAAACAAUGUGCACUAUUUGAAUGAUGGUGCUGAUGUAAUAUAUCAUACUGCAUCUAUUGGGAUCUUGUAUAAUGUGGCAACAGGUUCUCAGUCUUUUUACCAGGAACACAAUGAUGAUAUUUUGUGCCUCACUGUAAAUCAGCACCCCAAGUUUACCAACAUAGUGGCAACUGGCCAAGUAGGAGACUCAGCAGAUAUGUCAGCUACAGCUCCUUCUAUUCAUGUGUGGGAUGCAAUGAACAAACAGACCCUAUCGGUGCUGAGGUGCUACCAUUCCAAGGGCGUUUGCUCAGUCAGUUUCAGUGCCACUGGCAAACUGCUGCUCUCUGUAGGGCUGGAUCCCGAGCACACCAUUACCAUUUGGAAGUGGCAAGAAGGUGCCAAAAUUGCCAGCCGAGCUGGUCAUAACCAGCGUAUAUUUGUAGCAGAAUUCAGGCCAGAUUCAGAUACCCAGUUUGUUUCUGUGGGAGUAAAACAUGUGAGGUUCUGGACACUAGCUGGAAGAGCUCUUCUCAGUAAAAAAGGGCUCCUGAGCUCCAUAGAAGAUGCCCGAAUGCAAACCAUGCUGUCUGUCGCUUUUGGCGCGAAUAACUUGACAUUUACAGGUACUAUCAGUGGAGAUGUUUGUGUUUGGAAAGACCAUGUGUUGAUACGAAUUGUGGCCAAAGCUCACAAUGGACCUGUUUUCACAAUGUACACCACGUUGAGAGAUGGUUUGAUUGUUACAGGAGGCAAAGAAAGGCCAUCAAAGGAAGGAGGAGCAGUUAAGCUGUGGGAUCAAGAGCUGAAACGGUGUCGUGCCUUUAGACUAGAGACAGGACAAAUGACCGACUGUGUUCGCUCUGUUUGUAGAGGCAAGGGCAAAAUUCUCGUUGGGACAAGAAAUGCUGAAAUAAUCGAAGUUGGAGAGAAAAAUGCUGCAUGUAACAUACUAAUUAAUGGUCAUAUGGAUGGACCAAUCUGGGGCCUAGCAACGCAUCCUUCCAGAGAUUUUUUCCUUUCGGCUGCAGAAGACGGCACAGUAAGACUCUGGGAUAUUGCUGAAAAGAAGAUGCUGAACAAAGUCAGUUUAGGACAUGCAGCUCGUACUGUUUGUUACAGCCCAGAAGGCGAUAUGGUAGCUAUUGGCAUGAAAAACGGAGAAUUUAUUAUCUUGCUUGUGACUUCUUUAAAAAUCUGGGGGAAAAAAAGGGACAGAAGAUCACCUAUUCAAGAUAUCAGGUUUAGCCCCGAUUCUCGUUACUUAGCAGUUGGUUCCAGUGAGAAUGCAGUGGAUUUUUAUGAUCUGACAUUGGGUCCCACAUUAAAUCGAGUCAGCUAUUGCAAAGACAUCCCAAGUUUUGUGAUCCAGAUGGACUUCUCUGCAGAUAGCUCUUAUCUCCAGGUUUCUACUGGGUCUUACAAAAGGCAAGUCUAUGAAGUGCCUUCAGGAAAACAGCUUGUGGACCAGGCUGUGAUUGACAGGAUAACGUGGGCUACUUGGACAAGUGUUCUGGGGGAUGAAGUGAUUGGAAUCUGGUCCAGGCAUGCUGAGAAAGCUGAUGUAAACUGUGCCUGUGUCUCUCACUCGGGAAUCAAUCUUGUAACAGGCGAUGAUUUUGGCAUGGUCAAACUGUUUGACUUCCCUUGUCCUGAAAAAUUUGCGAAACACAAACGAUUUUUAGGUCACUCUGCCCAUUUAACUAAUAUUCGAUUUACAAGUGGAGACAGAUACGUGGUCAGUGCUGGAGGGGAUGACUGCAGCUUAUUUGUUUGGAAAUGUGUGCAUAUGCCUCACUGAGAGAGAACAUGGAGAGCUGCAAAGAGGACGCUGCAUGAAGUACCAGGCAUGAAAUACCCAGGAUUGCGAUGUGACAUUCUGCUGUGCCCUGCAUGCCUAAGACAUGGUGCUGAUCCAAGACACAGAGCAAUCUGUCUCUGAAAGACAAGUGUCUAAAGUCUGUCAGAAGGAUGGACUGUAACAAAUACGCUGAGGCCGUUAGAUUUCCUUCAGUAUCGGAUAAUCCGGGUUUGUAUUUCACUCACUGCCAGAUGUUGAAAAUGAAAUAUGUGGAUAAAAGGAAAAAGUGAACUGUUAAUCAAUGUACAGUUUCACAGUAAGACCCUGGGGUUUUACUCGAGAGAUGUUAUUUCUGACCUAGUGGUGUAUAUUGAUCUGUUUUCAGCAUGAAUGUUUUUCCUUUAAGUUUUGGGGUCUGAAUAUCAUAAAAAAAAAAAAAAAAGAGUACUCCAUAUUUUAUUACGGAAAGAAACCAUAUAUUGACUCUUAAAUAUAUAGUAUUUUAAUAAAUGUUUAAUUAUUAUAAUGGAAAUUAUAUUUCUAUGACUGGUCAAAAGGAAACAUCAUCCGAUGAAGCAGAAAAUAAGAGCUGAUUUAGAUAUUUCUGUAUGUAGAGGCCUGGGUCACAGUCAUGUCUGGUGAAAGCCUUUGGAAAUGCAUGAUCUUCAUGGCUAAUUUAGUGUUUUUGUUGCACUUAAACAUUAAAUUAGUUCUGUGAGCAAAAAUAGAUUUGCUCACUUUGCGAGUGCCUUGCCCACAACCUAAAAGACUAACUCCAAUUUUUGCCUUGUGAAUAAAAAUAUUCUCAGUGGAAGAGAGAUUAUUGCUGUGUUACUUGACUGGGCUGUUUGCCUCUAUGCUGGAGAUGUGGACUAGGGUGAGGAUUUUAUAGUCCUCAUAGUCGAUAAAGCUUGGGAUGUCACCAGUUGCAAAAAUAGAAUUUCAUAGCAAUAUGAAUUGAUUUUAUUUUCUCAGCGUCAUGGGGGGGAUUCAGAGAGAAUAUAAACUUUCCAAACAUUAUAUUUUGUACAAUUGAACUUUUUAUCAGAGUUAAGAAUAGCUGAGAGAGGUCUUUACUCAGAUUUCUCUCCCAGUUGUAAAAAAUGUCCAAUCAUAUGCUUCUUUAAGUGGACCUGCUGUCACCUCUAGCGUAAGUGCAUUUAUUCUAUCCUGCGACAUCACUGGGACUCUGAAGUUGAAAAAACAUUUCAGUGUUAAUGAAAACCUGAACAAAGCUGUGUUGUGGGUACAAGUGAGGAAGAAGUCAUCAGCUGCCUAAAUCAUGUCAUAGAGUUACAUUACACAAAACCUGUUUUUUCAUCAGUGCAGUUAAUUUUCAUGCAACAGAAAAGGGAACAGAAAUCACUAAAUUACUGGCACUACCCUCAUAAUGACAUUCUGCUGUGAACAUAAAGCUGCUCUUCUCUGUGCAACCAAGCACUGCUUCAGUAAUGGUGUUUGCUUAGGUUAGGCAGUAGGCUUUGGUAUUAUUCACCUCUUGCUCCCUCUCAUGCCAGACAAAAGUGAAAAAGAAGCCUCAUGUCUUGUGAGCAUCUUGUGUGCAUGGGGGUUAUGGAGCAAAGGGGAGGGCCUGCAUGUUGAAGAGAAGGGGGAGAAAAGUUAAUGUGCUCUUGUUGGUCUUAAAAUGCUUACGUGCUAUACAAAGCUAGUUACCCAACAACCUUGGAUAAUGUAUUUUAUAUGUGAAGCUGUAACGAGUAUUUAUUUUAAAGUUGAUGAACUAGACAGUUACCAGGUUUCUUGGCAUGAGAGUUGUUAGAAAGGUUUGCUAGUCACGCAGCUGCUGUUCUACAGGAACAAAAACUCAGUGGGUUCAGUCAUGAGACCAUACAGGGAGAUCUUGCCAGUAACGUUUCUGACAUUAGGAGAAUUGCAUGUGAGAAUGAAGAUGAGACCUGAUCUGUCCCAUAACCUUGUUGCCUGCCUGUUUUAUAUGGAGUUUAGUAUCUGGCAUGUAAAUCUUAUCUAUGCCAGAGAAAUCAGUUGCAGUAUCUAUCAUCUGGCUGUGAUUCUAUCCUUUAUUAAACACAUCUGUGCAGGAUUUCUUAACUUGAAGUAGGGUUUGUCCAGCCUCUAUUUUAAAGUUGUCCUUCAUCAGUUCAAAUUGGAAGGCUGUUAAGAGUUCCCUCAUAGUCUCUCCUGCUCAGACUGCCAGAUCAGAGUCUUAAGUUUUCUGCCUCUUUUGAGUUUUCCCCUCAAAAUCCUACGCUAGUGUCUCCCAGCCUCAUGAUUUCCGUAGGCCUUUGCCUAUUUAAAGAAGUACAUGGACUAUCAAGAGGUUUGUUCCUUAGAUCCCUGUCACUGGACACGUUCCUCUUCUCCCAUCUGCUGUGUGAAUGCUGUGCCUCUCUACUGAUAACUUGUCCAUUGGUGCUUCUGUCCUGAGGAAUCUCAAAGGCCACGCCAGCUGUGGGGCACCAGCGAGCAGCUGGCAGGCACAUUGCAGCAGGGCUGCCCUGCUGAAAGCUGCAGGGAGAGGCUGAGCCUCCAGAUCCUCCUGCUUCUUCACUCCCUUCCAAACUUCACCGCUACUGUAAUGGGCUGGGAUGGAAGCUGGAAGCUCAGGAGCUCUUUAGAAACAAAACUACCAGCCUUGUUCCUCUUGUUGCAGCCGGCGUUGGUAGCGAGUAUUUUCCCUGGCAGACUACUCAGUGGAUUGCCAGGUAAAAUGGGGUCAGCCACCUGGGAAUGGUCAUGAAUGUUCAGGAGUGAGUAGAACUUCAGUUGCAGUUUUCUUCCUGAGGAGAACGGGGAGCAUAUUUUGUAGGAUAGGUUGUGAUUCUCUGCUGAAGAGAACAGCUGCCUGUACACAUGGUUAAAGAUGGCAACUUUGUGGGGUUUUUUUGGUCUUUUUUGUCUGUGAUGGUGCUUGUUACUGUGCCUCAUUUGUUGUUUACAUGAAAUGCUACUGUAGUAGCUUGCUAAUUGUUGCCACCUGUGCUUGAAGCACGUGUAUACAGGAAGAGACUGCCUGUUUCUGUAAGCAGUAGGAGCUCCUGACUGGCUGUUCAGCAGAAGAGUUAAGAGGAUGACAAUAACUUCAUAGAAUAGGUCAGGGAAGAAGCUGGAAUGUGGAGGGACUAGUGACAACUUUUCAUUUGGAAGCAUCAAAGAGAAGAAAUGUGGGAAGCAGGGCUCUGUCUGAAGCUGGAGAAAGCCUUUUCUGUGACUGUGCAGCACCAAGGAACGGGAAACAGAAGUUCUUUGCAUAAUUUGCUCACUCAUAGGAGAUCAUUUAGUUCUCUGGCUUAAUUGUUUUUCUGGCCAGCAGCAAACAUACAUCUUUGGAAUCUUUAAAGUCAGCAAUAUCUUUUGUAAUAAAAGAAAUAAACUAGUGAACUGAUUAAAUAAAAGCAAAGUGACGUUUCACUUAAAAAAAAUAAAGGUGCCCUUGAAAGCUAUUUAAGUGUGCUUAAUCCAGCUGCUAGGAGUAAAAAAAAUAAUUAAAAAGAAACAUAUUUAGAACUGAAAAUUUCCAUAGUGCAGGAACUGAAGAACACAGUUGAGAUUAGGACAGAGAGAACCAAUUAGCCAAACUUACUGGAUCAUUUAGACUUUAAAUCUUAAUUUUUUUAUUCUUAAGGGGGCAGUCAUUGUAUAUGACUUUCUGAUUUUGAUAGGGAAGACAAGAGGUGGUGUAAAACUAAAGAUAAAGAAAUAAUUUCAGUAAAUAAAGGCUACUUUAUCACUUGUUGACAGUUGAAGGAAAGCACUCCUUCAAAGUUACUUCUGACUUUGCCCAGGAUCAGGGUUUCAAAAUGAGCAAGAUGCAUUUUGGACUAACUCUGAACUUCAUACAAGUCGGGCUAAUGCUGACCUGGAAUUGUUCCAUUAGAAAACAAGACACAUUGCAGACAAGUUAUCUCCUGGAUCUGGCAACUAGAUCAAAAUAGAGAACUUCAAUACCAAGAGCAGCACUUGGACAGCAUUCAGGGGUGGCUUAGUUUAAGACAGCCAUUCACUUCUCUCAGCUGCUGUCUAAACCCCAGUAUUUGACUUGCAAGUUUGCCAAGGCAAACAGUGCCCUUCUUUCUGCAAGCCCUGAGCAUCUGCCUGUGCAGCACCUCCCCUGCUUCCUGGCUUGCACCCUGCAGGGCUCAAGUCUCCAUGUGCACAUGGAUGUCAUUAGACCUCUGCACUGGAAUCCCUUCUUGGACUUGCUCUGCCAGGUGUCUUAGUGUGUCAAGUGCAGGAUCUUGGUUUCAAAUACAAUUCUGACAUGGGCAAAGUGACAUUUCCCUGUUUUGUUAACAGUGUCACAGAUGUGACAAGCCUUAAAGAUACAUUUUUUUUAAUUCUUUCAGCAUAAGCUGUAGAGAGAUGUCAUCUUCUCAGUAUUUUGGACAAAGUGAAUCAUCCUGUAAACUCUACAGAAGAGGAAGUAAGAUUGCAAGUCACAAAAUGAAUUGCCACAUCAGUGGUUUUUAUCUCACUGGCUGUGUUGCGUUUGCAUACUUUUUUGUUUUCAUGGAUUUCAAAUGCUUGCUCACAGUCCUAAAGUUCAUAGUACUGUUUGAUUUUUGCUCACAUGGAUAGAUAGGUGAGCUUGCCAAAGCCACUGUGCAUUCUUUGUACCAGUCCCUGUGGUGUGGUUACACCAAACCCAUUUCUUUGGCUUUCUUCUGCUCGUCCAUUAACUUUAACUCCUUUGACUUAAGACGUAAACUCUGCAUAUCUCAUUUCAGAAAAAAAGAUAAUAGUUUUAGCUGUAUAAUAGGCCUAAAAGCCACCAUAAGUUUCUUUGCCAAAAUCAUUCAUGAGUAACUAAAAAUUAGUGGGUGGGUUGGAAGGGUAGGGUGUGUUUCUUCAGUCCACUGUGUGCUAGAACAGGUAACCACUGCCCACCCCAAGGGCUCACCAGUCAUCGCCUUGAUCUGUGUUUUUGUUAACUGUUAAAUCAGCAAUCCAACCAACCUCACUUUUUCUUUGGAAAAAGGCAUGGAACAUAACAAUACGAAGUGUAAGGUCUGAGCACUGUGACAAUAGGCAAUUAUUGUGUUUUGCAUUUCUUUUUGAAAUUAUGGAAGAUAGGAUGGAGAAAACAGUAACAGGAAAUGGGUAAACGUAAACAUGGAGAAAAGGAGAGAGGCAAAGGCAGGACCAAAGAGCCAGCACAGGGCAGUGGUGGGUGUCGGGUCAGACUACUUCCUGGCAGACAUCUUGUUUGAAAUGGGAAUAACCAGGGGCUGAGUCUGGAGUGUAGGUACUAGAGAGCAGCAGACUGCUCAAGGGAAGGCUGCAAGCAACUCAAGUUGCUCUGGUUUUGGGAAGAUGCAACCUCUCCCACUCAUUGCUCUUUCUCCUCCCACUCAUUGCUCUUUUCUCUCCCACUCGCUGCUCUUUCCCCUCCUGUAGCUACCAGGACAGCUGUUAGGUGCUGACUCACAACAGCUGGCACAGAUCACCCACUGCUGCAGUGUGGGCCUGUUGGUAACAGAGAAAAGCUGUAAGUGUAAACAUGUGAUACAGUACUGAGAGGUCAGGUUAAUGAGUUUAAGGAUGUAUUUUAAAAUGUGACUCAUUUUCCCCCAUAAACCAAAUGUGGAUUGUUUUAAUAGGCCACAUGCACGGUUAUGAUUUAUCCAUAUUUUAGUUUCCUGGGCUAAAUGCAUUUUUUGUAAUGCAUUCUUUAAGCAAAAACUACUAAACCAAAGAAGUAUGAUGCUUUAGAAAAUCCUUAAUAACCAAGCUGUCUGAAUUACUGGCUCUUCCACUUCUUUCUGAUCAAAACAUUUAAUUAUUCACCAGUUCUUGGUUCUGUUCCCUGACACGCGCAACAUUUAAGGUGACAGAUAUUAAAGCUGUGGCCUGUAUUAUCCAUUUGACUCGAGGUGUGUUGGUGACAGGUGUUUGCAGAGGGCAAUCCAAGAUACACAGGAGAUGAAUCUUCCUUCGAGGGGGUUCCUUGCCUGAGGCCUCCACAUGUAGGCACAGUAGGUCAGGGGAGGUGGUGUAGGCCUAUGAAUACAUACAUGCAGAAGAUAGAAGUAAUAGAAAUAAAUUAGUAGAGUUCUUGAUUUUAUAAACUGUUACAAAAUAAGGAGAUAAUUGAGUUAAUGUAAACUUCAUGUAAUAAAACCCUACUCAUUACAGGUUCUACUUAGACAACUGAACUGCCCUUCUGUCUCUAGCAACUCUUGGUAAGAAGCAUAGUCUGCUCACAAAGAGCUGGACUGAUGCUUUUCCACCAGCUAGAGCACAGCUGGGUGUGGGACAUGAGAGGCAACACGCUUCUGUCGCUGAGUGUGGUUGAAUUUCUCUUCCAAAAGCCAAAAGAGGAGUUUCCUUUGUUUGUUGUGGGAUAACCUCAAGACCCUACAAAGUUAUUUUGCCCUUCUUAGUACAGAUCCUGCUCAAUUUGGGCACAAUUGUCACGUGAGAGCCUAUUUAAAAACAAAAAAACCCAACAAAACCUAGAAACCUCAAACUUUUUUUGUUGAUUUUUCUUUUUUUAAAGAUAUCCCCCAAAUUAUUGCUGUGUUCAUGCCAGAUGUGUCUGAUUCACACCAUUCUACAUUGUUACAAGCAAGCUGGUUGUACCCAUGGCCCCAACACAACGGGUGUUUUAAACUAGAGGAUUAAUGUAAUGUGUGCUUUACCACUUUUUCACAAGCUGAAUUCUUCUCCCGCAGGGGACAAGUGCUGCUGUCCCAUCAUGAUGUGUAACUGCAGCUUCCGUAAGGCUAGUGCCAUCUGCUGCUGCUCCCUGUGGGGCUGGGGCAGGACACAAGUGCUGGAGGACAAAAAUGUGCAGUAGUGAAAGGAGUGAUGCGUUGGUAGGUUCUGAAAAAGGCAAGUAGUAGGGGGAUUUUAGUUUCAGUCCUCCAUAGAAUUACAACACUUUUGCUGGGGAGAAAGCUUUUCAUGCAGUAUCCUCCAAUUAUUAAUUUGCUUUUAGCGUUACUCUCAUUUUUCUGUUUUUCUGGUGUUUCUCCCCCCGCCUCUUCCCACCAAAGCUCAUAACCCAGGUCCUGUUCCCCCAUCCUGCAAUCCCUACAUAAGUACUUUUUCAGCUGCAGUAGCUGUAGCAGGUCAGCCAGCUUCCCUGUCACUAAGGUGACUCACAAUACAAAGCCUCACAUUGCUGAAAAUGAAUUUUCUAUCAAGAUGCACAUUCUUGAGAUUGGGGGGGAGGGGGGAUCUUUCCAUGCCCAGCAGGUAAAAAAGAGAGUAUUUAUUCUUCCCAAGAAGCAAAGCAGGUAAAUAACUUUUUCCAGCACGAUUUAAAAUCUGAAUAGGGAAUGGUCAGCUGUGGGGCCUUAAGUAUUCCAGAACUCCAGGAUUUUUUUCAAACACCAGUCACUCCCAGGACACUCUAUGCUGUGCUCUUUGGGAAUUUAGUAAAUAGGCUUUCUAAAGAAACCCUAAGCAUGAGCACAGGCACAAAUUGCAUGGGGGGGGGAGGGGAAGGUUUUCUAUCCGUUAGUGCAGUGUUGGUGCUGUUGGGUAGGACUUUCCAGAUUUCUGGUCUGUUUUUCCUUUACUUGCCAUUUCUUACCAUUGUGUUGUGUUUCUAGGUGCGAAAUAGCUCUUUUCUUUUUUUAAAAAAGCAGUAUCUGGUAAUUAUAAACUUUGUUGAUGCUUUUUAGUUCAGCUACAGGUAUACAGCAUGUUAUAACAAGUAAUGGAAAAGCUCCAUGACUGAUUUGUGAAGAAAGCUACUGCAUUUUUAAAUCGAAAUUUCAUGCACUAAUACACUUAAGACCACAAUGAUCACUUGAAGUAAUAUAAAAAUCUGAGUAAAUGCACUAGAACCAAUCCCUGCAAAAAUACAUAGACUGUUAGCUUUGUGGCUUGGUUUAUUCACUUUUGUUUUAGCAGAGAAAAAUCAGCAGUUGCCUCAUGCUAAACACAGUACAGCAGGUUAUCAGCCAUCAAGCUGUUGAAAUUCAGCAGUGGAGGUAGCACUGGUUUUCUGCUGCCCUUGCAAGUUCUCAUCUCCUCAU